AGCCUCGGUUUCCCGGCAAGCUUCACGGUGGCGGUGUCAAUGCUCGUGCCGCUACCAGGGAAACGUAGUUCUACAGCCUCCAUCGCCGGUUGUUUCCUCGAGAGACGAACUCAGUUUCCCACGUAGCGCUGCGGCAGCCAGUCCGAGGUCGGACUUUCCCGGCCUACGGGAGGGUUUGAACUGGGCAGUAGUCGCUGGCACAGGUUCGGAGUGAUGGUACCUGUGUCUUGGGUCUGGGAAGGUUUCGACCAAGAUUCGGCACUCUCAAUUCCCACCUGAUAAUUGAGUAUCAAAGCAUCCCGCUUUCCCCCUAGAGUCCCCAAGCUCUGCUCUCCUGACCAGUCCCAGUUUGGCUUGAUAACUGCAUCCCUCCCUCCCUUUAGUAUUACAUCCCCACUCCCCACUUUCGAUCUGAAGUGUGGCCUUACUGGGCUGUGUCUCUGGUGUUCCGGGCUGGAAGAGCAAAGGCACAAGACGUCAGGGAGCCUUGCGGAAGGUUAUGAGUAGGAGCCUGAGCUGGUCUGAGCACCUCGACGUGCUUCUCAAUGCUACCGAUGGAAAUGUGGCCAGGAUUAAGCAGCGGCUGUAUCCUCUUGGAGUCUCCACAGCGGCAGGAGAUUUGGCUGGGACCUGGAUUUCCCCUCAUCACUUGCCUCCUCAGUCUGGAGUCCAUGCUCAACAGCCUUGGGCUCUAGAGACUCCCUUUGUCCCAGAGAGGCUGAGUUGGGGUAAGGCCCAUGGUGCAUCUUCUCUCUGGGAUGAAGUUAUUAUUCUCCAAUCCCAGCUUCAAUCCCAGGCUCAGGUGACUGAGACACUAAGACAGGCUGUGCAGGGGCUGCUGGAAGAGCAAGAGCAGCAGAAGUAUAAGAUCUGUACCCUGGAAGCAUCACUAAGGUUGCUGCAGGAGAGCCCAGAGCAGAGGGUCCUUCUCCUGGAUCAAUGCCUGGAGGGGCUGAGAAGGGAACUGCAGGGCCUUCGAAGCCAAGUGCAGGAACAGGCCCAAGCCCAAAUACAAACAGGACCACAAAAACGUAGUGCUACUGGUGGCCUUCACCAAGAGCUGCAGAAUGAGUGUCAACUCCUGUGGGAGGAAUCAGAGAUUCUUCAGGAGGAGCUGAAAUUGCUGCAGGACCAGCUGAGCCAGCACCAGGAGCUGCUGCUGAAACAGAUGGCUGAAGGGGGGCAAGCUCAGGCCCACAGCUGGAAGGACCUCCAUUCACAUCCUCCAAUCUAAGUUGUCCCUGGCUGCCACCUUCACCAUGUCUCUUUCUUCAUCUACCUCUGAAGUCAGUCUUCCAGACACCAACAGUAGCUGGGAAACUAGAUCUCCAGAAGAGCACACUUUCUAACCUGGAGCCCAGCAGCUUUCAGCUUUAGGCCCAGAGCCUUGGGCAGGAGAACAUAUUCUUUAAGGGCCCCACAAUGUUCCUGAGUGACCUGUAAGAGCUUGUAAGAGUAGCUUUGCUCACCUUCCCCUUCAAGCCCCUGUUUCUGGGCCCCAUGUCCCUCCUUUCUUGAUCUAGCUGGUAUCUGCCCUCUUACUGAGGCUUGUCACUGCCUGCCCACCAGGAAAUAAUUACAAUAAAUGUUUUAACUCUU